AUGAAGCUUUGUGAACGAUAUCGACAAGUACAGAAGAAGUUAGGUCACGAAGAGCAGAAAGGUGAAGAGAAGAGGCGCAAUGCUGAGGCGUACCUUUUCCUAUCCUCUUCCUAUCCACCUAUAACGAAAUGGAAACAGCAACAACAGCAAAAAUCAAAGAACAAGCAAAUAAUGCAUUUUUCGUGUGAAAAAUUUGUUUAUACAAUUCUUAGAAGAACUAGAGAAGAGGGAAGAGAGGAAACUAAGAACAAGAAGAAGAACGAGGAGAAGAAGAACAAGAACAAGAACAAGAACAAAAAAGAGAAGGAGAACGAGAAGAAGGAGAAGAAGAAGAAGAAGAAAAAGAAGAAGAAGAACGAGAAGGGAGAGGAAUAG